AUUUUCAGAUUAUUAAAUGACUGUUAGGCAUCAAUUAAACCCUGUUUUGGCAAGAGUUUGGAUUUAGGCAAGGAGUUGGAGUUAGGCAGGAUGCUGUACUGAUUAAGAGAAACUGUGAAGCCCAUAACAUGCCAAUUGAAAUGUUACUGUGGCAAUUAUUACUCAUAAUCCUGUUGUGGGGCGUAUUGGACUAGUCUUCACAGGCUCCUGCAAAUUUCAAACAAAAAAAAAAUUGCUCAAAGGAGAGGUGCUGGACUGCUGGUGGUGCCAUCACUCAACAGUAACCCAUUCCUAUUGGCUGAUGAAAAAUUGAGCCUUUUAAAAAUCAAAACGACAUGAUGUCACAGUCCAGUGAAGAAGAGCCUUUUAUUCAGAGAGUUCCUGAGAACUCUGGAGUUUGCUGCGAAAACCACCCUCUGUGUGAGUGUCAGUCGUCUCGGGAGGACAGAAGCAGCUUGCAGUGCUGCAGGUGGUUGCCUUUCUUUGGCCUGGCCUUCUUCCUUAUCUUCACAGCUUUCAGCACAUGUUCCCUUAUUCUGCAAGUGGUGAUUGACAGCAUCCAGAAGGAGGACCCGAGUUUUACAGGCUCAGGCUAUGUGUCCCUGGCUGUCGUGUAUGCUGUGUUUGCAACCACCAACUGGAUCGCCCCAUCUUGCCUUGCCAUCCUGGGGCCUAAACUCACCAUGGUGGCUGGGGCACUAACUUACACUUUGUUCAUCGCAUCGUUCCUGUGGCUGCACACGUGGCUGCUGUACCUGGUGUCGGUGGUCAUGGGUCUCGGAGCUGCUCUCAUCUGGACCGGCCAGGGCAACUACCUCACCCUCAUGUCCGACGACAUGACGAUUACCAGGAACUCUGGCAUUUUCUGGGCCAUGUUGCAGUGCAGCAAGGUGUUCGGCAACAUCUUCGUGUUCGUGAAGUUCCGAGGCCAGGAAGUUAUAAACGCAGACACCCGCUUCGUGGUCUUCAUUUCCCUGACGGCCGUGUCUGUGGCAGGGACGCUCGUGCUGCUCCUCCUGCCCAAGCAGAGAUCACAAUCAGGCAGAUCUGAUGUCACAGGUUCCCCUGCUGAAGAGCUUAUGAAAAGCUUUAAGCUUUUUGUUACCAUAGACAUGCUCCGGUUGUCCGUCACGUUCUUCUACACGGGCCUGGAGCUGAGUUUCUUCAGCGGGGUGUACAGCGCUUGUCUGAGUUUCACGCAACGUUUCCCUGACCCCAAGAUGUUGGUCGGACUAUCCGGCAUCUCAAUUGGAGUUGGAGAAAUCCUUGCCGGUGCUACGUUCGGGAUCUUCGGUAGCAAGACAAUCAAGUUCGGGCGGGACCCAAUUGUGUUGCUGGGUUUCCUGAUCCACAUGGCCUGCUUCUACCUCAUCUUCCUGAACCUCCCCAAGGACUCCCCCCUCGGCGACACUUAUGGACCUUCCAAAUUUUCUGACGGCCAGCCCAUAGUUUGGAUUGCGCUGCUAUGCAGCUUCUUGCUGGGUUUCGGCGACGCAUGUUUCAACACGCAGGUCUACUCGCUGCUGGGCUCCGAGUACUCCGACAACUCUGGCCCUGCCUUUGCUGUAUUCAAAUUCGUGCAGAGCUUCAGUGCAGCCUGCUGCUUCUUCUAUUCCACAUACAUCAGCCUGCACUGGCAUCUAGGCAUUCUGGUGGUGUUCUGCGUGGUGGGCACCCUGGCCUUCUGCGUCGUGGAGUGGAGCGCCUACCGCAAAGCUGUCGUCAAAUCCGCAGCUCCUGAGGGCCAUGACGACGAAGGGGAUGUCGACCAGAGGCCGUCAUGAUAUUAAUGUCAUCAUAUUUUCACUUCCUAUCGUCUUAGUGUCAUGUUAGUGAUGUUUACUAUGACUUGAGUGGUGUCGACGUGUUUUUUUAUUGUUAACCCCUACAAAACAUGGUUGAACAACGGAAUGUUCGAAGAACUAAACAUGUCGACGGUUAGCAAGUAGAAGAACCCUAAUUACCCUACAUAGUCUUAUCAAAUAUCUAUUAUGAGUUUUAAAUACUCUUGUAUAAUGUAUGUCUAGUUUGCACUAAAGUUUUAGCGCCGUCAGCAACAAAAGCAACGAUGUCCACUUCCUAGCGGGAUGGCGCUGCUCAUUUGUUUAGUCAAUAAACUUCUUCUCGUAUGAGCGAGGUGAUGUCAUUCAGACCAUCAUUGUUACAUUUAUUGGCGUUACUUUCCCUGCCGCUACUUUACUGCGUCCGCAGUCCGCACACCAGUUAUUAAAGCGGGAGCGCAGCCGUGGACCAAAAAAUUAACUCAUAAACAAGCCCUAG